UAUCAUGGCCGCCAUGUGGUCAAGAAAGCUAUCAAGGUUACAAAAAGCUCAGACUUGCUUUCGCAGAAUUGCUCUCAGGGGUGUUUCCAUAGCAUCUUUAGAUGAAUAUAACACUGAAGAUGAAAAGGCAACUUAUCCGCUCAUCAAACCUCGCUUUCCUCCGGGGAAAUGGGGUGACAUGGAGCCGAGAGUGGCUUGGGAAUGGUAUGAUUCUAGGCAAGAAUUUAUGAUGUUGCCAACAGCAGAAGAAAGGAUACAACUUAUGGAUACAAAAUACUGCAAAGACAAAUACUGUCAUAAGUACUGGAAUUAUUCCUUAUUAAACAGAACCCCAGGAAAUUUAAAAUACCAACAAAUCAUGACAAAAACUGUUUUGGAAGAAGUUCCAAAUUUGAAAGACAGAAUUCACAGUUUGGAUAAGAUAAACGUUGAAGAAUUGACCAAAGUAAAACACAUUUUAUGCCCAAUUGUGAUGGAUAUUCUUACCGAAGAACAUACACAGCUGGAUCGCAGACAUGCGAAGCCAGUUUUAGGAUAUAACAACGAAAGAGUCACAGAAGAUAAACAUCCAGACAUUAUUAUAAAAAGACUACUGUAUGUUAUAUCAACUGUUUUAGGGAAUCAGUAUCCUCAGCUUUCUGACAUGCAGAUAACAGAAAAUGUAGAAUUGGCAGCCCACUGGGAAAAGUAUGGAAUAAAAAGAAUUAAUCCACCUAAUAUUAUAAGGAAACGGCACCAUAUCCAUAAUCAAUUUGAAAUGAAGACACUUCAUAGGAAGCGCACCCCAUUUGAACUUCAGUUGAAUUCAAGGGUGUAUGCUAAUGGAAAGGUUAGCUUUACGGUCAGGAGUGAAAACCCUCUUCCAGAAUUUGCAGAUGUACAGGAAUGUGAGUUUGACAAUGAUAAGCUGAAGGAGGACAGACUGAUUUAUUAUGAGAACAAAAAAAUGGAAGAGGAAAAGAAAGCUCAGACAUCAGGGACAGAUAUAAAGGGAGGCAACUCAGCACCACCAAGCAGGCACCUGUAUCCAAAGUCUUAUGGAGCUUGUUUUGGGGAUGAUCUCAUCACUGUUAAUCCAGGAUUUAACUUAGGUGAUCCUGCACAGUUUGGUUACAUGUUCAUACAAAAUACCAACAAGAGGAAACUUCACAAGAUGGAACAAGAUUAUGGAGAGAGAUAUGCAGCAGAAGCCAGGAUAGGUUGGGGGAUGAGUACAGGCUUUGUCUGGAAUGUUGCCCAAGCACAUUACCAAGGAUUCAACAGCUUCAUAGAUAUAACUUAUCCUUUUACCAAUUUUGGAAUUUUGACGGAUGGAAGAAAAUUUCAAUUUUUUGCCAAUCAGCUCAACACUUUGCAGCUUUGGAAAAAUACGGAGGCUAACCCCAUCCACAAUAUGUGUUGGUACACACCAGAAAUGGCUCUGUAUGAAACCUUUGAAGACAACAAAAUUAUGGGUUUUGAUCAAACAGUUCUGGAACAUUUAAUCAAUUUCUUGUUAUGUCAACCACAAGAAAGAGAGUAUGAUAUAAAACCAACACUUCCUGCAGAUUCUCCAGACAAAGUGAAAGUAGAGCAGUGGAUCAACCUCAAAAUCAAAACUAAAAAGGAAGAGGAGGAGGUGGUUUAUGAUGAGUCACAACUACUGAUUCACUGAAUAACUACUGGAACAACUGAUCAAAUAACUGACAUAUCCUAUCUUGGAUGAUUAACUGAAUAACAGAGGGACUGCUAUUUUACUUCUUUAUAAUGAGCAUUUAUAAACAAUUUCCAGAUGUUUAACAAUGAUGGAGGAUACAGGAGGAAUAGUGACAUUUUUCAUCAGUCAUUGAAACAUAUAGUAUGGAAUGUUGGGUGAUUGAAACUCAUAUGAUUGGAAUGAGUGUGUAUAAAUUUCUUCAAGAUAUGGAGAAAAAUAAAUUAUGAAUUUAAAUUUCUUUGAUCAGUCAGAAAUUUUUUUAUGAAAUUUGGGCAAGUCCUGUUUAAUAUACAGUACUGCUACAUGUAUGAUCUUUACUGUUUCUGAUUUGAGUAGGGAGUCUAGGGACUGUUUGAUGUAAAAGAUAAUCUUUACAAUUUCUAGUUUGGGUUAGAACUGUUUGAUGUCAAUAUGAAUAGGGGAGGGCUAACGUGACUCUAGUGCUAGAACAUGUAAUAACUAAGUUUACCCAGUACAAUCUUAUGAGAGUAUGAAUAAAUUAGAAACAAGAA